AUGGCAGCUGCCUCUACUCUAGAGGAGGCUCCUGCACCAGUAGAACCUGAUGUUGCCACAGCUUUAGUUGAUGAACCCGUCACCACCACAGCUGUGGAGGAAGCAGUGGCCGUUCCCGCUGCAGAAGUCGCCAGCCCUGUGGUGGAAGAAGCAGCUGCAGCCCCUGUGGAGACUCGGGCAGAAGUUCCCAAAAGAGAGUACAUUGUCGUUGUUCUAGAAGGAACUCCUAAAGAAGAGAAGAGCCCCAAGGUUCUGGGUGUGGGGCCCAUGACUGGUAGAAUCAUCCCUGCCCCGGACGAAGAUGAUGCCCCAGCUUCUGAGUAAACGGCUCCUGAAUGAUGACUUUCCAUCCUAUGGAAGAAGAGGAUGUGCCUUUCUCCAAGCUUUCCCUUCCUCCUUUAACCCUGAAACUCUACGAGACUAAUGUGUAGUUCCGUUGUCAUAUAACACACAAUGCUUAGAUCGAUGCCUGCGUCAUGGAGCCAUCACCCCAACGUGAUGGUAGUUGCCCAUCACUACAACGCUUCACUCUGGCUUUACAGUUCCGGGUGAGCUCGGCCACUAGUUGCACAGAUCUUCUGGUUUAUCUGUUACAAACCUCAACUACACUUCAUUGGACCUCCUGUGAAUUGCAGCCUGUUUACAGCUGUGAACAAAACUGAGCCAUUCAGUCAACCUUUUUUCCUACUGUUACAGUUUACAGCCUCAAAAAGCACUCCAGUAAAAGAUGUUGACACAAAGCACCGUGUCUUGUCAACCUAAUCACUGCUCAGCCGCUACGGCGUUACGUCUUCAAGCACAGCAUGUUUCACGUCACCAGCGUUCUGUACAGCGCCCGACCUCAGGUUGUUCUUGUCUUGUUUUUCUCCUGCUUCUCCUGUUGUAUAAAUGAGCAGCAGAAAACACUCGCUGUAGUUGAUCAUUUUGAAGAAGAAACACUUUGAGCAUGCUGGCUUCACAGCCCAUGUAGCUACCUCAGUUUUCACAUUGUUUCAAGCCAACAACACAGUUGUUCAGCCAAAAACUUAAAUUACAUUUCAAAAGCUGUUACGUGAACACCAAACAACUAAUCCUGUUAAUCUAAAUAGGGCAGAUAUGUUCUGAUUUCCACACAGUAUUCUUUCCUAAACGGUGAUUUAACACACAUUGAAUGAAGACUUUGCUGCUCACUAAGUUAAAACUUUCUGGUGUUAGUAAUGUCACAGCAGGUCAUCUGUCUUUAAAAGUUGUUGUAAAAACAUCAGUUUUGACAUCAUUGACUGACGUGUGGCCAGAAAUGAAACUUGAUUCAAGGUUUGGGCCUGUUACAGUGCAACACUGUGGAGGUUUUCUUCUCCAUGCUCAGCGCUCAGUCACCUCUUUAGGUGACUUCUUACUUUUUGUCGACACUCUAGUGAAAAUGUGGUGAUUGUAAAGGAACCUCUUCCUGAUAUUAAGUUGCAGCUACAUUUUCACAGUCUAGAUUUAGAUUUGUCAAAGUUGAAAUUCCCUUCCUGCAUCCUCUUUAUCCACCUCUCCUCCAUAGCCACUCAUACAGAGGUAAGAAGAGAACCAGUAGGCGAUACUGGGUUUUAUCCACAUAGGUGGUUAAUGUAAUUUCCUUUUUUUUUUUUUAAAUGUACAUUUAAACAUAGCUCAGUGUGACGGUUCAGUGAGGAGAAAGUUGCCAGUAAGCUGUGUAAGGAAAUGAAUAGGCAGCUUGACGUUCUCUCACUCUUUGCUCGUCUGUCUUUUCAAGUUUUUCUUGUUUGGUUUUAGCAGUCACACGUGCAUGGAUGUGUAGUCUAAAGGCCUGAAGCAAGUACAAGCCGAUGUGAUACUGAUGUGUUGGUGUGCCAUGAAAUACUGUGUGUUUGGGAAGUGUGAAGCGGUACGUCUGAAGAAAAGUCUCCAGUGUGAAAUGCUUCGACAGCUCCUCUGUAGCUCUUGUCCUCGAUUCUCUCCUUCAAAUUUUCACAUCUCUACUAUUGAAUUUUCUGGAUUUGUUAGUUUGGUGGACAAUAUGUGGAACAGACUUGGGAUCACUGAGGAAAGUGAGUGUUAGUACACAUAUAUAUAUAUAAAGCUUUCCUCGGUGCUCAUCGGCAGGUUUCUGUAUCGGCUCGUGAGCGGAUGACUUGGACAAAGGGCAGAAACUGUGAGACAUUUCUGUUUUUCCAUGUUUUGCAAAAUAAAGAGGGAUUAAAACAAACA